AUGGGAAAGGUAAAGUGGGAUUCUACGGCAGACCAAACUCUCCUUGCCAAAAUCCUGGAGACCCAUGACCUGAGUGUCGAUGCGGCUCGUGUUGCCGAGGCCUGGCCUACCCAAGACAGCGACCAGAAGCCAACCCCUCGUGCAAUCAAGGAACGACUUGCCCGAAUCAAGGAGAACGUUCGAAUUGGCAACGCCGCCGGCUCCGGCCCCUCUAGCCCAGUGACUCCAAAGAAGCGCACCCCACGCAAGAAGGCAAAUGAGACCGCUGCUUCUGCUGGACCUUCCCGCAAGCGCAAGCGUGUCACUAAGGAAGCCGCGGCCGACGACGAAGAAGAAGUCAGUACCAAGGAAGCAGAAGGUCUGCAUACGGUUGACAAUGAGCCUGACAAUGAGCCUCUUACCGGGUCCGCUAUCGAGAAGGAAAUCGGUCUCGACGUCAUUGACCCCCUUCUACACCCGGAAUUCCAGGAUAAAGCUCAUAAUACCGACAACGGACAGAAUGACCCUGAAUGGACUGAGCACAAUGAUGAGGACGCUGAUUCGGACUCUGACCAGCUGUCCAAGUAA